AAAAAACAAAAAAUGAAUUUAAAAAAAAUAUUUUUUUUAUUAAUUGUCAUUUCAUUGAUCUCCAUUACAUAUGGAUUAUCAGUUGAAAAAGAGGGUGAUAUCCCAAAUAGAGCUACUAAUUUAAGCUCUAGACAAAAAAAAGAUGCAUCAGAAGCUAUUGCUCAGUUGGAAUAUUCAAAAAUAUUUUAUAAUAGUGCUGGUACAAUCGCAAAUCAUGGAAGCAUUAGAAUUGAUAUGCAAGGUAUUUUUACCCAUUUUGGUACCAGAUAUCAUAAUAUCCAAGCUCAAAUAAACGGAAUUAAAGGAAGCUCAACCGUUGCUCAUGUUUCAGUUUCUGAAGAAUCAAUGUCCACAAAAACCAGCGAACAAAAACAUGUUGUUAGAAAAGUACGUAAUGCUUUGUUAGAAAGUUUAAAAUCUGGUAAAAGCUACAGAGUUAAAGGGAAAGCCUAAAAAAAAAAAAUUAAACAAUGUUUUCAAACAUUUAAAUAAAUUUUUUAUCUAGUUAACUUUGAAGAGAUAGAUAAUUAUUUUUUUUUAU